AUGCGUCGAGAAGGAAGGACUUAUGAUUUUCUUAUCACUUAUUUGUUAUUUCUUAAUAAUGAUGAUAAGGCUAAGUUAAAGGAAUUUGGGGUAGAAAUUAAUUCAUCAUCGUUUAAGAAACCUUUCUUUAAUUAUCCCAGUUUUAUCAAAACAUUAAAUACAUUCCGAGUCGAACUUCAUGUAGUGAAUUUGAUAAAUAACCUUUCUGUUACCAACAACAUAACAACUUGUUCGAUAAGCCAAAUCCAACGACCUUUACCUAACACUUUGAAAUCCGAUAAAAUUACUUUCGCUCCGAUCUUUAAUGUUGAAAAUACAAGUUUGGAAUUAGAGCAACAUCCGAUUUCCUCAUCGAAAAUAAUCGACUUUAUUUGUGUUUCAUUAUUUAAAUUAUUUAUAAGUAAUGAAAUUUCUUUAAAUAAUUUAUAUUUAAACAUCAAUUAUUAUCAUUUGAAUUUUAUAUCUCAACUUUGCAAAUUCAUAUCGGAUAAUCCAAAAUUUUUAUCAGGCAUCAAGGAUUUUACAUUAGAUUUUUCACAUAAAUAUAGAAAUAUUUUUGCUUACCCUGUUCUUUAUCCUUUCCAAUCCUUUUUAAUGUCUUUACCAUCAGUGUUAACUUCUUCAAUCAAGCAUUUUAGUAUUUAUUUUGGUUUUGAUAAAGAGAUGUUAACUGCAAGAAAUCUAGAGAGAUUGAUUCAAUCACAAACGCAACUUUUAUCCCUUUCAUUUUAUUCUAUAACAGCAAAUGUAGCUUACUUAUUGGGUUGUUUAAGUUAUAGUUCUAAUACUUUAACUUCAAUUAAGUUUAAUUAUUGUGAUUUCACAAACAUCUCAUCAUUUAAUGGACUUAACUACCUUUCACAUCUUGAAUCUCUUCAAUUUAUUCAUUGCAAAGGGAUAACUGUUCGAGUUUUUCAACCCUUACUUAACAUUCCUACUCCACUUAAAAUCAAAACGUUAAAACUAGAGGGUCAAAUCGCGGAAACCGUUUUUAUUCAAUUAUUGCUUCAAAAAGCCGGUUCUUAUGUUGAAAAUUUGGAACUAAAACUUUGGGUAGACGUUGAGAGGAAAAGGGUUUUUGAAAGUAUCAUCAAAUAUUGUGAUAAAAUUCAAUUUCUCCAUUUAUAUGAGAUUGAUUAUGUGAAUAUUCCUCAAUUGUAUAAGUUAAUCACUCAAGUUCGCAAAAAUCUCAAAUAUCUUUCUCUUCAAAACAAGAAUUACCACCCACCCUAUAUUCUUCUUUCGGGUAAUAAGGACAAUUUAAGAGUUAGUUCGAUGAUCUUGGAAAAUUUGGGUCAAAUUUUACCAAGUUCUUUGAAUUAUUUAGAUUUAAAUCUUGUAAUUGAUCCAACCAACUUUAAAGACUUCUUGGAUAAUUGCAAGCACUUUGUUAGAUUAAGCAGGUUAUUGGUUAAAAAUAAAAAUAUUAAGGAAAUCGAUGAUACUUUUAAUAUUUUAAAAAAAUUUGUAAAGGAGAAUGAAGUAACAAAUUUUGCAUAUCAGGUUAAUAGUUGUUUUAAUCCUGACGAUUUUGAACAUCAGAAUUUAGAGAAGUUGGUCAAUGAUAUUCAACCUUCUAUAAAGAUGAAUAAAUAUAGCGAUUUGGUUAUAAGAAUUUCUGAUUUUGAUUAUUUUUGA